UGUGCAUGACGUAACGAGUCAACGUCAGGACGUCCCCCAAACGCGGAAGAAGAAGAAGAAGCGAGGCUCGCCCCGGCCCCGCCCACCUGUCUGUGUCUGCGUUAGCAUCAUGGGUGAUGGUUUAUCAAAAUCAGAUGUUUCGAUGCGCACGAAUCUGGAUGAUUACGGCUUCGUGAGACGCCGCUGCGCGAUUUAGCGUCUAAAUACGUAAUUAAAGCGGAGUCAGAGAACGUCCCAGGACCUCAGGAUGAGGCGCUUGUCCAGAAAGAAAGCCCUGAGCCUGGUGAGGGAGCUGGACGCCUUCCCCAAAGUGUCGGAGAGCUACGUGGAGACGACAGCGUCCGGUGGAACAGUGUCUCUUAUAGCCUUUACUGCCAUGGCACUUCUGGCUAUCUUAGAGUUCUUUGUUUAUCAAGAUACUUGGAUGAAGUACGAAUACGCGGUUGACAAGGAUUUUUCGAGUAAGCUGAAAAUCAACAUCGACAUCACAGUCGCCAUGAAAUGCCAGCACGUCGGAGCCGAUAUCCUGGACCUGGCCGAGACGAUGAUCACAUCCAACGGUCUGCAGUACGAGCCUGUCAUUUUUGAACUGACCCCUCAACAGCGACUGUGGCAAAGGACGUUGCUCCUCAUACAGAACCGGCUGAGAGAGGAACACGCUCUGCAGGAAGUCCUCUACAAAAGUUUGCUGAAGGGAGCUCCCACUGCUCUGCCGCCACGGGAGGAUGCGCCCACGGAGCCGCUCGCCGCCUGCAGGAUACACGGACACGUCUACGUCAACAAGGUGGCGGGAAACUUUCACAUCACCGUGGGAAAGCCCAUUCACCACCCCCAGGGCCAUGCGCACAUCGCGGCUUUUGUGAGUCAUGACACCUACAACUUCUCCCAUCGAAUAGACCAUUUGUCUUUUGGGGAGGAGAUACCAGGCAUCAUCAAUCCCCUGGACGGCACAGAGAAAAUCACCUUUAACAAUAACCAGAUGUUCCAGUACUUCAUUACAGUGGUGCCCACCAAACUGAACACGUACAAGAUAACUGCGGACACGCACCAGUACUCUGUGACCGAGAGAGAGCGGGUGAUAAACCACGCAGCGGGCAGCCACGGCGUUUCAGGCAUCUUCGUCAAGUACGACACCAGCUCUCUGAUGGUGACGGUCAGCGAGCAGCACAUGCCUCUGUGGAAGUUCCUGGUGCGACUGUGUGGCAUCGUCGGGGGCAUUUUCGCCACGACGGGCAUGCUUCACAGCUUCGUGGGCUUCUGUUUCGACAUCAUCUGCUGUCGCUUUAAACUCGGAGUCUACAGACCCAGAGAGGACGUGCAGCUACACGACCAGAUGAACAACCUGAACCACCACCAGACUCCUCUGCUGGCUGACAAUGCUCCCCAGGAGUAGACGAAUGCGUUUCAGCUGCAGCGCCAUCGAACCAUUUCACACCACGACGAGGAAGCAACGACAGAAAACUUAAUGUUUAUUUAUGUAAUAUGCUUUUUUUUUUUUAUUAUUGUCUUAAAAUGUUUGUUUUUUUUCCUACUGAAAGCUGUCUGUUAUACACUGUGCUGUUCAAUUAAAUAGUCAUCAAUG